AUGCCUAGCUUUACGCCGCUUCCCAAACCGCACUGCUUUGGAAUGGAUGAACUCGCUGAGGCCGCAACUGCGCGCGCUGAACUUGCGGCUCAGGAGCAAAACGGCACACCUGCCGAAUCGAAGCCAGUAUACAUCCAUCUUGCGCAAGGUCUUGCUCUUACCACCGGGUCAGCACUGGGCGAACGCUGUCCUUCAAAGGAAGACUGCCUUGCGGCCUUCGUAGCUCCGAACUCCGUCGGCUUGACCGCAGGCGCUCGCGCGUGGUCGAAACACGCCCAUCGCGGCGGCUCCGGCUGGUGGGGACAUCCGUCUGGACCCGUUGCGAAGAUCAACGAGAGAGCGCUUGAACUGUUCCACCGCGUAAUGGAGAAUGCAACAUGGCGAAACCUCCAUUGGCUACCGCACCAGAUCUUGGUCUAUGAAGUGCGUGUUGCAGCGGGUUAUGGUAUGCGCUUUGCGCAAGAUCGUUUGUCAUGCGCGACCGGAGAGGGAGAGGGCUCCGCAUCCGAGUUCGCUGCUCGAGCUUGGUUAUUCCGAGGUUUCCUUGAGCCUCAAAUCAAUAAUGGGCAUGAGAUUGGUUGGCGUCAUGAUCUAUAAACGUGUUUGAUCUUGUAUCUUCAAUAUCCUCAGAUCUACCACGUACUAUCGUGUUGGUUUACGCACUGCAGGAACUAGGUGAUAAUCCC